AUGUCCUCGGAGGGCGCGGGGCCGGGGCUGGGGUCCGGGCCUGGGUCUCAGCCGGGGCCCCAGUCGAGUCCACUCUGCCCCGAACACGGCCAGCCUCUGAGGUGGUUCUGCCGCUCCGAGCGGCGGCUCGUGUGCGCCGCCUGCGCGGAGCUGGGCGGCCGCUGCUGGGGGCACCGCAUCCGCCGGGCGGAGGAGCGCGCCGAGGACAUGCGGAACAAGAUCGUGGACCAGUGUGAAAGGCUGCAGUUACAGAGUGCCUGCAUCACCAAGUAUGUGGCUGAGGUCCUGACAGAAAAGAACCAGAGAGCAGUGAGCAUGGCCAGUGCAGCACGAGAACUGGUCAUUCAGCGGCUGAGUCUGAUACGGAGUCUGUGUGAGAGCGAGGAGCAGAGGUUGCUGGAACAGGUGCAUGGUGAAGAGGAGCGGGCCCACCAGAGUAUCCUGACACAGCGGGUGCACUGGGCCGAGGUGCUACAGAAGCUUGACACCAUCCGCACUAGCCUGGUGGACAUGUUAACUCACCUGGAUGACCUCCAGCUGAUUCAGAAGGAGGAGGAAGUUUUUGAGAGGACCGAGGAAGCAGAGGGCAUUUUGGAUCCCCAGGAGUCAGUGAAGUUAAACUUUAACGAGAAGUGCGCUUGGAGUCCACUACUGACCCAACUCUGGGCAACGGCAGUCCUUGGGUCCUUCUCAGGCACGGAAGAUGUACGUAUCGAUGAAAGGACUGUCAGCCCCUUCUUGAAAUUGUCAGAUGAUCGAAGGACCCUGACCUUCAGUACCAAGAAGUCCAAAGCCUGUGCAGAUGGCCCGGAGCGCUUUGACCACUGGCCCAAUGCCCUGGCUACCACCUCCUUCCAGUCCGGGCUGCACGCCUGGAUAGUGAACGUCCAGAACAGUUGUGCCUAUAAGGUGGGCGUGGCCACAGGUCAGCUGUCCCGCAAGGGUUCUGGCAGUGACUCUCGUCUGGGCUACAACACCUUCUCCUGGGUCUUCUCCCGCUAUGGCCAAGAUUUCUGUUUCUCUCACAAUGGGCAGCACGAAUCCCUGGGGCUGCUGCGUUGCCCAGCGCGACUGGGUGUGUUGCUGGACUUGCGGGCACAAGAGCUGCUAUUCUACGAGCCAUCCUCCAGCACGGUGCUCCAUAUCCAUCGUGCCCCCUUCCCUGGGCCCCUGUUCCCAGUCUUUGCUGUGGCUGACCAGACCAUUUCCAUCAUCUGCUGACCUUUAGCCACAGGGAGGGCAGGUCCACCUCCCCCAAACCCUUUCAGUCUACGUUUAUACACACUGUCCUUUUCCCAAAUGUUGUUGUGUAUGUAGCAUUUCUAAGGGAAAUAGGCCCCUGCCUAUCAGGCAGCUUUAGGAGAGGUGGGGCCCAUUUCAGAUCUGGACACAGCCUUUAAAUGCUGGGUAUCUCUUGGGAACCUGCUAACUCCCUGGGCCCUAGUCUCCCAGUCCACCAUCCAUCUGCCCCUCUGAGGGCAUCUCCUUCACCACUUUCUCUCCGGCAUCCAGUAUGAUGCCUGGUGCAUUGUGAGCAUGCAAUAAAUUAUUUGGUGAGUGGGUGGACAGGUGAUGAUGGGUGGAUGUGGCAGACUCUUGGAGAAGCACUGACUUUUCCGGCCCCUGCCCUCAGCUUUGGGUAUGUAAAUGGGGUUCUCUAGCAGAAAAGCUUAUGGCUGAAGUCCCUUCAUCCCCUUACUUCAGUGCUUCUCAAUCUUUCUCAUGACGUGGCACAAAGAAAGUAUUUUUCUGGCAUACAAGGACAAAGUGGAAGGGAUUUAGAGCUCCUGAUAAGCUUCUGGCCAGAGGAUUCUGGUGGGGUGGGAGUGUGCCCUUCUCCCUCCCCCAGGGCCUGCCUAGCCACUCCAAAGACUGGGGGGAUCAUAUCUCAGGUAACCUGACUGCAACCCAUGCAUCGGGUACACACCAGUAGUAACAGGAUGAAAUUUUUCUCCUACUGCAGCUGCUGAGGGCCCCCACCUGAUGACCCCCCUCACUUCAGGUGGAGACCUGGGAUGUGAAGGCUUCAAGGCAGGGAGUAUGAGGGAGUAAGAGAGCCAGCCUUAGGAAACAUCUAUAUUAUUAAAGGUUUUAAAAGAUUUAAAGAUUUCUUCCAUGUCUUUUGUUGGUCAUGGGGUGUAUACUGUAUGCUGGCCCCACCUUUCAUCCUCCAAGUCUCACCUUUUCCAGGGGAGUCAAUGUCUUCCUCUCCCUCAUCCACAUUUGCAGAAACAAGUGGGUGGCAGCUCAGCAUAGCAGAAAGAGCCUGGAGACAAGGUUCUAGGGCCUGCCGGGAUCAGUGGGCAACAAGUAAAAUAGAGUUCACAAUUCGAGGAUAGCCACUACUCAGCUUCAGCUGUUUGUGGCCAUGAAGGAAGGUGGGUCCAGAAUGGUCAAGAGUAGAGAUUUUUCAGGAGAAGCUGGAAAAUCUAGAUUUUAAAAUGAAAUCUCUUUAAAACCUUGCUCAAUAAUUUACUUGCAACAUUGGGUGGGUCAGAUCCAGUCCACAGACUUUCUACUGGCAAUUUUUUUUUGGUUGAAAUGAUCUCUAAAG